CCACCAUCUUGGUAGUCCCCGGGGUGGGCGGGGCCCCACGCCGCGGCCCGGCAGCCCCAGCGCGCCUGCGCGGCGCAGAGCCUCCCCCGCCCCCCGCCGCCGCCGCCGCCACAGCCGCUGCUGCACUGACGGCGGGACCGGCGCCUCAGAGUUACUGAUUUAUUUUUGAGAAUCCUCUACUUUCAUCUUCCUCAUGGAUGAACUUCAGGAUGUUCAACUCACAGAGAUCAAACCACUUCUAAAUGACAAGAAUGGUACACGAAACUUCCAGGACUUUGACUGUCAGGAACAUGAUAUAGAAACUCCUCAUGGUAUGGUCCACGUCACUAUAAGAGGCCUACCGAAGGGAAACAGACCAGUUAUUCUGACAUAUCAUGACAUUGGCCUCAAUCAUAAAUCCUGUUUCAAUGCGUUCUUUAACUUUGAGGAUAUGCAAGAGAUCACUCAGCACUUUGCUGUCUGUCAUGUGGAUGCCCCAGGCCAACAGGAAGGUGCACCCUCUUUCCCAACAGGGUACCAGUACCCCACAAUGGAUGAGCUAGCUGAAAUGCUUCCUUCUGUUCUAACUCACUUAAGUGUGAAAAGCAUCAUUGGGAUUGGAGUUGGAGCUGGAGCUUACAUCCUCAGCAAAUUUGCACUCAAUUAUCCAGAGCUUGUGGAAGGCCUUGUGCUCAUUAACGUUGACCCUUGUGCUAAAGGCUGGAUUGACUGGGCAGCUUCCAAAAUCUCAGGCUUGACAACCAAUGUUGUGGACAUUAUUUUGGCUCAUCACUUUGGGCAGGAGGAGUUACAGGCCAACCUGGACCUGAUUCAAACCUACAAACUGCAUAUUGCCCAAGAUAUCAACCAAGAAAACCUACAGCUCUUCCUGUGUUCUUAUAACGGACGCAGAGACCUGGAGAUUGAAAGACCUAUGCUGGGCCAAAAUGAUAACAAAUCAAAGACUUUAAAGUGUUCCACUUUAUUGGUGGUAGGGGACAAUUCACCCGCAGUUGAGGCUGUGGUUGAAUGCAAUUCUCGCCUGAAUCCUAUAAAUACAACUUUGCUAAAGAUGGCAGACUGUGGUGGACUGCCCCAAGUAGUUCAGCCCGGGAAGCUCACCGAGGCCUUCAAGUACUUUCUGCAGGGAAUGGGAUACAUCCCGUAUGUGCAGCUCAGUCACCUGAGCACCGAGUCAGUACCAUCUGCCAGCAUGACCCGGCUCGUCCGAUCACGAACCCACUCAACCUCAAGUAGUAUCGGCUCUGGAGAAAGUACCUUCAGCCGAUCUGUUACCAGCAAUCAGUCAGAUGGAACUCAAGAAUCCGCUGAGUCCCCUGAUGUUCUGGACAGACACCAGACCAUGGAGGUGUCCUGCUAAGCAGAUGCUCCUCCCCUAGACCAUGCAAGUCCAUCCUCCUCCAACGACCACUCCACAAUAUAACAUUUCAUCCAGCAAACCAGCAUCUAUCUUUAACUCCUGCAUGACCACUGACUCUUUCUCUCUGGUAUCCUGGAUUUAUCAUUCUCUGCCUGCCCACGCCCCUUUUUGUAUGUACCAGGAACCACUUCCAUGCCAUUACUGUAACAUUCCAACAUCCUUAACUGAUCAAAUCUCCACAUCUUCUCUUACCAGCUUUUCUCCAUGCUUUCCCAACUACAUAUCUGAUAAGAUUCUUUAAUCCUGACGUAUGUGUGUGAGCACGCGUGUCUGUGUUUAUGUGUGCGUAGAUCUGUGGUUUUAGACAUGCUUUCUUGUAGAGCUUCUGCAAAACAAAA